CUUCCAUAAGCGCAGAAGUCACUUGAAAUAUUCUCUGGCUACUGUGAUGCGACUAUACCUGAUUGUCCAAGGUAAAAAGAGAGAAAAACAUGCUCUGUGUGGUUUAUAAGGCCCUCUUACAACCUCUCGCCUCGGCUGCCUCGACUCACGAGCAAAGAACCCGAGCACGGCUCGCAUCGUGCUUUAUAUAAAGAGUUUAUCUUCGUAUUACAUUUCGUAGAUCACAUUGUUUUCAAAGUCCGCCGUUAUAGUUAUCAUCAUGACUUAUCUCUCAAAAUGAUUCGCUAUAAAAGAUGCCAAAUUCAAUUAGGAACCUAUUACUGUAUUACAACUACACUGAAGCACAGGCUGCUGCACAGGACAAGUUUAUUUUGAUCAUCACACAAAAUGUUGAUUGAGAUUAGUUUAAUUGUGCUAGCAUCAAGUUUGCUAAUUUUUCACCUAAUUGGAAGAUACAACGAAAGUUAUUGGAAAAAACGUGGAGUCAAGUUUCACGGGAAAAACAAAGUGCUUGGAGUGUUCGGUGCAUUCUUUUCGGGAAAAAGUGCUGUCUUCGAACUGUUUGGCGACCUCUACAAGAAAUACAAGAAUGAGCCUGUUGUUGGUAUAGGCAACCUUUUCACUCCGUCCGUAUUUGUCACGAAUCCGAAGAACAUUCAACAUGUCUUGCAAUUGGACUUUAACUCUUUUAAUCACAGAGGCUUCGAAAGUGAAAAGGAUACUCUUUCGGACAGCAUUCUCUUCAUGACUGGCAACAGAUGGAAGCUGAUGCGCCAAAAUAUGACCCCACUAUUCACAACGAACAAGCUGAAGAACAUGUACUACAUCAUGGACAGAUGCGCACAAGACUUUGUGGUUUACCUUGACAACAAUCCGAAAGCAAGGGAAGGAAAGUUUUACGACACACUCAACAUGUUCUGUAACGCUGCUGUUUGUGGUGCGAUAUUCGGGAUCGGGCAAGAGUCCACGUUUGAUUCACCGUUCAUGAAAAUGUCCCAAGGUCUCUCAACGUCAAAUUGGAAAACUAGUUUGCAAUUUGCGUUGCUAAGCAUAAGUCCAAAAUUGAUUAAGCUACUUGGAAUAAGAUUUGGAGCAGAAUAUGAAAAAUUCUUUGUUGAUGCCAUUACCCAAGUCACUAAGAAAAGAGAAGAGGACAAAGUACAACGCCAUGAUUUUGCCGACCUAGCCGCGAAUCUGCGCAAAAAGGGAACUAUCAGAGAUGAAAAUACGGGUUUGGAAAUAGAACCGUCAUUUACUCUACUAUCAGCUCAAGCCUCAUUUUUCUUCUUAGCAGGAGUUGAACCCAACGCGAAUGCUUUAUUCAAUACACUUGUUGUGCUUUGUCAACACCCAGAAAUCCUACAGAAAGUACAUCAAGAGAUCGACGAACAUUUUGAGAAAAACAACAACAACAUCGGUUAUGACGUUAUUACACAACUGACAUAUUUGGACAAGGUGCUGAGCGAGUCCUUGAGGAUGUUCCCUCCUGUGGGAUAUGUGACAAGAAAGUGCAUCGAAGACUCAGUGCUCCCUGUCGGUGAAGUCAAAAUAGAAAAGGGGACGAAAUUGUACACUCCGAUAUACCAGUUACAUCACGACCCGGACUUGUAUCCUGAACCUGAAGUUUUCGACCCGGAACGAUUUUCCAAGGAUAGGAAACCUAAUGACGACAUUUACAUACCUUUCGGCAUGGGUAACAGGCUGUGCAUCGGUGCAAGAUACUCGAGGUUACAAAUAAUGGCCGGCUUGGUACACGUCUUACGCAACUAUGAAAUACAUUUAGAACAAACUGGCAAAAUCGGUUUUAAACCAGAUAUUCUCAACGUACGGCUGGAUAAUGUGGAUAUUAAGCUCAGCCGCAGGAAUAUCAAGGCAUAAAAAGUAAAUAGUGUUGCUGAAAGACCCAUAAUUAAAACCCUUGGACUGAUGAAUGAAACUUAGGCUUACAGCAAUGUUCUAUUUUUUUAACUGUUUUAUUUAUGCAGAAUAUGUGUUAUAUAAAUUAUAAGCUUGUUUUUGUCAUUCAAAUAUAUGCUGGUGUGGAGUUUGUUGCGCCGUUUCUUCUCCACAUUAAGAGCGCUUAGGAAGCGGUGAAGGGUGGGAGAUUUUGGGUGUUAUUAUUGUCUAUUAUUUAUUGACCGAACGAAUAAAUAUUAAAUGUGUUGCAAGAAAU